GAUGGCAGGGGCGGAAGUGAGGUAGACCGCUGGAGAUCCUGACGUCCCGAGCGAUAAAUGCUUUAAGCUGGUAACAGCGAUCUGUAAUGUCGUUUUCUGGAAGGGUGGUGACGCUGCUUUAAGUUUAGACCAUCGUAGGGUUAACGAAAAAUGGUGGAUACAAGCAGACGAAGCGAGAGUGACUGGCAGGGGAUGGUGAACGAGUUUGUGGUCUGCAAGCGCAAGUUGGAGAGCAAGAAGGAGGCUCUGCUGAUCCUGUCCAAGGAGCUGGACACGUGCCAGCAGGAGAGGGACCAGUACAAGCUGAUGGCCAAUCAGCUCAGAGAGCGGCAUCAGGGGCUCAAGAAGAAGUACAGAGAACUUAUUGAUGGCGAUUUGCCUCCAGAAAAAAGGAAUCAGGUCAACAUGUCCCAACUGCUGAAGGACUCCAGAGAAAGAAACAAGCAGCUGUCGGAGGAAGUGAAGGAAGUGACGCAGCGUUUAGCGGAGGCCAAAGGGGACAACAAGCUCCUUCGGAUGACCAUCACCAGACAGAGGCUGGGGGACGAGGAGGUAGGGGCCAGACACUUCCCCGCCCACGAAAGGGAGGACCUGGUCAAGCAGCUGGAGCGAGCCAGAGAGCAGAAUGAGCUGCUGGAGCACAGCGUGAGGUCUCUGACGGACGAACUGCAGGACAUCAGCUCUGAGCGCAGCGUGUUCCAGGAGAAGGCCCACCGCCUCAACCUGGAGAUGAACCAGAUCCUGGGCAACGACCACAUCCGCCUGCUGGACGUGGACGCCCUCUGCAUGGAGAACCGGUAUUUACAUGAACGCUUCGGCCAUCUCCAAGAGGAGGUCAACAUCCUCAAGUCUAAUUUAAUGAAGUACAAGAACGCGCUGGAGAGCCGAAAGAACUGCAAGUUUAGCGGUAAACCCAACAGCACGGCACUCACGGGCGUGCUGUCUGCCAAACAAGUCCAGGAGCUGUUGCUGUCUGAGGAGAACGGCUGCAGUCUCCCGCUGACUCACCAGUCCAUCUCGGACCUCAAGUCUCUGGCCACGGCUCUGCUGGAGACCAUCCACGAGAAGAACAUGGUGAUCCAGCACCAGCGGCAGACCAACAAAAUCCUAGGAAACCGCGUGGCAGCGCUGGAGAAGAAGUUAAAAACCCUGGAAGUGUCUGGACUGUGGAGCCUGCCAGAGGGAAGAGGGAGCACCACUCCAGACGCCCCGCCACAGACAGUAGCCCUGCCCCCCCAACACAGCCCGGACGGUGAGGGCAAGUCAGCCCUGACGCAGCAGAACACCCCCAUCCACGAGAACCAAUCGACAUCCGGCUUGAGCGAUCCUGACCAAUCGCAAAGAGCCCCACCGUCGCCAUCACCCGACUCCACGGAGAUCCCCGGGCCCGGGACAGAGCGCCCGGCCGGCCUGGCCGAAACCCCCGACCCCGACGAGGGUCCGAACCACCGAGACCACGGCGACAACGCCAACUACCAGCAGCUGUCAUGUGACCCCACAGAGUCUGUGGCCUCACCGGGUCACCAUGGAAACGACUCGCCCAUCGUACAGGAGCCAGGUUCCGGGUCUUCGGAGGAACUGCCCGAGAACCCUGAUUCCCCCCGGAAGGAGGAGGAACAGUCCUAAGCCGUCUAGUCCUAGACGGAGUGUUACCUGGAGCCUGGGGGAGGAGGCUCAGGAGAUAAAUAUGAAUGAAGAAAGGCCCCAUAAAGUAAGGCCCCCACGGUUCUGGAGUCAAGGUCAGAUGUUGAUGCGUACAUAUUGACGUGGAUAUUUGUAUACCUUUUUUCCACCCAAACGGAGAAUGUGUCCCGUCGGCAGAAUGUGUGUGUUGUGUCAAAAAUGUGUUUUCACUGUCAAUCAGCAGCAAACUCAAAUGCAGACCAAACUAUAUUACAGUGUGUGAAUAUCUGUAAAUAAACCACCAAAUGGACGAUAUAUUAAUAUAUUUAUCAUUUAGUCAUUUAAAAUGUUGAAUAUACAUGUAGUCCUGGCCACAUAAUGCACUUUAUUAUGUUAAUAAAAUACCUUGAGAACUGGGUCGUGUACGGUCUGUAUUCAGAUGUCAGCAUUGGUACAUCAAAUUAUGAAUUUUACAUCAAAUUAAGCAAUCAAUGGUUCAGCAAAUGCUGUCAACAAUGUUAGCCCAAAUUAUGUUUUUAGCGGGUCAUCAAAUGAUGUCAUCCAUGGUACAUUUAAAUAUGCCAUCGGUUCGUCAAACGAUGUAACUAAUGGUAUCUCUUUAUGUAAUCAGUGCGCCAAAUGAUCUAAUCAAUGGUGUAACCAAUCAUGUCAUCAAUGCCAUGGUUCAUCAAAGGACACAAUCAAAGGUACUUGUUCCAGAGGGCAUCU